CAUAAUGUGGCGAAGAACAAAACAUAGCAAAGGAAAAUAUAAAGUAUUUGUGGUUGGAGGAUGUGAUGACAUCACGUUGCUCAGCGGGAACUUAGGGCUUUUAAAAAGCCGAAGGAAACAUUCUGACAGCCAGUUAUCACAUCACUUGUAAAGGAGUAAAACACAGUUAGCGAUUAAAAAGCCACACUAUCUUCUUCAAAGAGAAAAGACUCCGUUCUGCCACAGAAUAUGCACUGGCAAAAAUCUUCUGCUUCAGAACAUCAUCAGCAGCCACGACCCUAUCAAGGUGUCCGUGUCAAAGAACCAGUGAAGGAGCUACUGAAGAGGAAACGUGGGAACAUCAUUCAUAGUGUUAAUGCAGCUGCAGCGACAACGGUUGUUUUGCCCCAUCAGCCACUUCCGUCCUAUUCACCAAUUGGCCAGCCUUGCAUUGAUAUGGAUGUUACUGCCUCUUCCUUGCCAGUUACCGACGAAGGGGCAUUAUGUUCUGGUUGGCUCUCUCAGCCUUCUCCUGCGACCCUACAGCCCUUAACCCAGUGGACAACUUACCCAGAUUAUAUGUCACAUGAAGCAGUCAGCUGUCCAUACACAGCAGACAUGUAUGUUCAGCCUAUGUGUCCCAGUUAUACACUUGUUGGACCCUCUUCAGUUCUGACUUACGCAUCCCAGCCGCUGAUCACCAAUUUUGCGCCAAGAAGCACCACUCCAGCUGUUGUGCCGCAGCUGGAGGUGACAGACCAGCAAUCCCCUCUUACCUAUUUCCCAUGGGCUCAGCCCAUUUCUGCAUUACCAGCAUCUACCCUGCAGUAUCAGCCGGCUUCAUCCUCACUUCCUGGGCCACAGUUCGUUCCACUUCCCAUUUCAAUUCCAGAGCCAGCCCCACAGGAACUCGAGGAUGCAAGAAGAGUGAUCAGCACUCUGCCCAUUGAAAAGCUACUUCUAGAAGAUGAAGACAAUGAUACGUAUGUUUUAAAUCACACUCUCUCUGUUGAAGGGCUUUAAAGUAAUGUAUAUGGGGCCUGAUCCUAUAUUUCUUGUUCACCCAAAACUCCAAGUGAAAUCAACAAGAGUUUUGAGUGUACAAGAAAAACAGGUUUGGGCUAUUUAUUUUCUUAAGAUGUUUUGUUGUCAACCACCACUAAUGUUCCCUGAAUAUGAGAUUUGCACUGUGGAAAUAGAGAAAGAACGGUCGUGCAUUGCAUCCCCUUCCUGUCAGUUCUUUCUCUGCUUCCACAGCACUCAGGGUGAAAUUUACCUGUGCACACAGGACUAGCAUGAGACUCAUGUACUGCUAACGUCACUUUUAGUCCUUCCUAGUGGAAAUAUUGAAGUGCAUGGUUCUUGUGCUGGACCUCUGCAAGGAGUAAAUUUCACCCUCAUGUGUGGAACAUGGGCUCAAACUGACAUGGUUUUUAGUAACAUAUUUGCUAACCCUGUAGUGUCUGACUGUAGCAUUUGGAUACACGUAUCUUAAGGGCGUCUUAGAGGGUUUACUUUACAAGCCAUAUUUUCUUGAGCUAUGUGUAACGGACACACAUCGAUAUCUUUGCUUUGUUCAGGUGGAGGAAACUACCCCAAUACCUGUGCUUAAUAAAUCUUUUUGAAAAAGGCCCAGCUUAAGUGUGGGGCCUGAAAUGAGAUGGUCCUUUAAUUGAUAACACUGUUGAAAAAUUUCAUUGUAUGAUUAUGAAUAUUUUUAUUCCUGUGGUAGCACCAAUUGUUAGCCAGUCUGAAGACCAGUAAUAUAAACAGAACUGGUGAGAUAUGUGCUAGUGUGAAAAGAGGUCACCAGCUACAGAGGAACACAAAAUUACUUAGGCAAAGAAUUGUACAGUUGCUUCUUAAUUUCAUUUUACUGAUCAUUCUUGCAAAAUGUACAGAUUUGUCUUCAUGCAGAACUCUAGCUCAGUGAGUGGGGCAAUUGGAUUGAUGCAUUUUCAGCAUUCAGUAUGUGAAAUGUUCCCCUUUAAAACUGGUAGAGUCAUAUUUUAUGGCUGCCGCAUGAUGUUGUGUAUUGCACUGAGACAGAACCUGGUCCCAGUGGGAUUGCAAGAUAUGGCCCUAUGUCAGGAGAUCAUUGAGAAGACUGGGCCUUCCAAAAUUCAGAUGGGUGUGUGGCAAUACUGACAGCACCGUCAUUCAUUCUCUUGUUCUUGGGCCUUAGUUCAGUUUACAAUGAUGAUAAACAAUCCUAAAAUUGGAGACAGGCCAUGUCAAAUUAGAGACCUUUAACAUACCUUAUCAACAUUGAACGUUUCUCUGUAUUCCAGUCUUUUAGAGUCACAGGCAUAUGCAGCAUCAUUAUUGCAUUUUGUUUUUAUUCACUGGAAAAUGAAUAGCAUCUGCCCCCUCUAAAGCUAUUGUAAAUAUCGCUACUGGUGUUCCAUGUCAUCAUGCCACAGACAAAGGUAUUUGUGUGAGGACAUAUCCAUUUUUAACAUUUGUUAACUGUUUUCUUAAUGCACCAGGGACUCCUAGAUGAUGAACACAAUUUCUCUGGGUUUUUCUGCUUCAUAAAGCCCAGGAGCCUUAGAUGACUAUAGCAUUUAGAAGUAUUUUUUGAAUGAAUUUAUUCAAAGGGUUGUUACCUUGCAUUGGUUAACUACUUGGUGCCCUCUCCUCCUCCUUCUACCCAGGCAAUAUUCCAAAUAACUUUACAGUUUUUGCCUGAGUAAGGACUGCAAAAUCGGGUCCAGUGUCUCUAAGACUUUCAAAGCAGGUUUCACUAUUGACAAAUCUAAAGGGUUUAAACAGCAGAUCAUGCAAAUGAUCAUAAAAUUGUUUGAAAACUGCAGUAGCUUAGGCUUACUGGUAUUAGUGGCUUAAAUUUUGCAGAAAAACCCAGCAAAGAAAUUAAUUAGAUGAGGCUUGAUCUACCACUGUGUUACUCCAGGUUUAUGCUGGUAAUAUAGUUCUACCAGUGUAACACUGGAGUGGUGCAGUUGUGAAUCAGGCCCGUGUUUGCCAAGAUUUAUUUGAAACUUUUUUUUUUCAUUUCACUGUAUGUAAAAUCUCCCAAUUGUAUAUAAAGUGAUGAUGUGAUGUCUAUGGAUUUCUUUCUGGGUUGUUCUG